CCCAGCGCGGACCUGCCUCGCGCAGCCAUGCGGCCGGCCGGGGCGCUGCUCGCCCUCUGCGGCCUGGUCUGGAGCAGCACGGGAGGCCCUUCCCGAGAUUUUUGUUCCCAGAUCCUUAACUCAGAUGUGAAGCCAGGAUUUCCCAAAACAAUCAAGACCAAUGACGCAGGAGUCCUCAAAGCGGCCAGACACAGUGUUGAAAGGUUCAACAACUGCACAGACGACAUCUUCCUCUUCAAGGAGUCCCACAUCAGCAGAGCCCUGGUCCAGAUAGUGAAAGGCCUGAAGUACAUGCUCGACGUGGAAAUUGGCAGAACCACCUGCAAGAAAACCAAGCACCCUAGUCUGGACAACUGCGACUUCCAAACCAACGGCACCUUAAAGCGGACUCUGAGCUGCUACUCUGAAGUCUGGGUCAUCCCUUGGCUCCAGAGGUUCGAGGUGCCCGUUCUCCUUUGUCACUGACUUCCUCUCAGCAAGACUGCAGCUGGGAUGAUCACGCAUCACCUGUGCUCUUUAUUGCCCUCAGUCCCAGCUCCGUUCCCGGCUGUCACAGACCCUCUGGGCCUUCGGAAAUAGUAUCUCAUGAGUGAGCAGAAUGGAAGUGCCCGUGGGUUCAUGACAGAAUAGCUGGGACGGAAGCCACCGCCCCGUGACUAGAUUAAAUAGAUUGCAUUUUCUUCUAAACUUAAUGAAUUUUACUGAUGUUGUGCACCUGAUUCAGGGUCUAAACAUAUGGGACUGAGUCCUCCAAUGGGAAUUAUUCGGGUUCUUGACCCCUGAGGGAGCCCCCUCCCACUCGAUUACCCUGUGGUCUCAAGCUUGCUGAUGAAAGCCCAGAGAUCCAUCCUCAUGUGUGAGUAAUCAUUACAGCACUGGGCGGGAGACACGUCUGCUAUUGAGCAUCUUGACCUUUCGUGGAUGAAUAAAGUUAUGAAUAAACGUGAACAAAGAACUGACCAUCUCAAAGCAAUGGCUGUUGCUCUACCUAUUAAAGGGAGAGUCAGGAAGGUGAGGUGAACACUGUGAGGAGUCUCCCUCACUGAGUGGUCUGACUAGUCUAAGUUACUUCCAUAAAGCCCUCGGAAGCUUUUCCAGCCGUUAGCUACUACCUAAAAUGGAUACAAGACCAAGGCAGCCGGAAACAGGCCAGCCUGUAUCCACAUCCUGAACCGGCAGAGCCAGCAGCAUCCCACCUCAGAGGGCACUCACCCACCAGCUGGGCUUUCUUCUGAUUGGUGGCUGUCCACCCAAGUUCUCUCUGCUGCCUUUGAGGCUAAACAUAUGUAUAGUUGGGACAGAUGGGGUGGGACGGUGCUGGGACCACCCCUCCAGACCCAGCCAGGAGAGGGAGCCUGCCCCAAAAAUCCACCCAAGAGAGGGAGCACCCCCCACAGACCCAUCCAAGAGAGGGAGCACCCCCCACAGCCCCACCCAGGAGAGGGAGAACCCCCCAUAAGCCCCCUCAGGAAAGGGAGCAUCCUUCCACAGACCCACCC